CCGACAACAGCCGAUGGCCGAUUUUCGUCGGUGCAGCGCAUCUCCCACCGUACGACCGCCGACGUUUGCGCGACCACGUGGUUCUCGGCGCGCCAAUCGCAUCAUUCAAAAAGUGUGAUUAUUCCCUUUCGAGACGGAGUCACAGACUUCCAAAAAUAUUAUUUCGUAUUUCCGUCAAUAAUUAUCAUUGAUUCAAAUUGUAGCCUUUUUCUUUUUGUCGUUCGUUAACCGCGCACCGACAGCAGACGUUUCGAUAUCAUAAUAUUCCGUUCGUCCUCUGCGAUUCUGGCCGACAAUGAUGUACUGCAAUCGAGACUAUGGUAUUUUAUUAAAUAGCGGUGGCACGAGCAGUAGCACGUACACGUCCGGCAACUCAAAGUUUACCGAGCACGCUGCGGACCAUAUUUUAAAACGUGCCUCGUCGUUCGUUGACUACCACAUGUAUGACACGUACCGUCCGCUGCUUAACGACGUGAACAGAAACGGCUACGACACAAUUGAGCGGAUCGUAAAAGGAACAUUUCCCAUCUGCAACAUCAAUAAGAUACGCCAAGUCUACGCCCCGCAGAUGUACGGCAUGUAUAUGUUGCGUAAAGAAGAAAUGAAAUUGACCUCUGGCCAAAGUGUCCAGGAGAAGGUGCUGUUCCACGUGACCACCGAAUCCAGAGCCGUGGAGUCGUUGGACAGCGGACUUGACUGGAGACGCACCCGCCGCUCCAAGUUCGGGUGCGGCGUAUCAUUCAGUGACGACAUCGACUACGCUAACUAUUAUGCUGACAAUUCCUCUAUCGAAGUCACACGAGUGAUCAUGAUAUGCUGCGUGUUGGUCGGCGAAACUUACGUGGUCCCGAAGCAGAGGUUUGCAAGGAACCAGGCGUUUGCAGGGAGCUCGUUGGUCGUGCCGCCCGGCCUUGCGGACACGACGGUCAGCCACAACGGCCGCGUGCACGUCAAGUACAACGACAAUGAAUUUUAUCCACUGUACUUUGUGUACUACCAGCGAAGACCCGAACAACUGACCAGCAGCAAAUAUUUGUGUGCCAACCACCGCCGGGCGCAAACAUUGGACCAGCUGCAGCCGUUGGUGAAUUCACUCGGGGCUAUGCGCAUCUACGACUAUUGACCGCAGCAGGUGGUUGAUGUAUUAUUAAGAUUUCUGAUCGCUAAAUUACUACAACGAAAUUGUUAUAAACAUUACAAUAAUUUUUUUCCGGACAAAAAGUAUAGUGUCGUAAUAUGUCUGUAUAAUUGAGUUAAUUAUAUAUUAUAUAAUUAUUAAUUAUAUCAAUUAUACGUACACUAAUACGCACUGUUCAAUAUGUUCCUAAACGCGCAUAUUGAUUUUUGUUUUGUCCUUCACUACUCAUUCGUUUUUGUCAUAAUUUAUUACCACGGUUCCGACGUGGUUCACACAUUAAUGAGCAAACCGUUUUUUUCCUACGUAUUUCACUGCUGUUUUUUUUUUUGUUUACAUUUCUAUUGACGCUUGUCAGUAUCUAUUCAUUCACGUCGUCAUAAUUAUUAUAUACGUUGGUAAUAAAUAUAGAUUUUUACGAGAACGAUUCCUACCAAUACUCAACUGUUUAUAUUUAUGUGUUAUUGAUAUUUCUAAGUUAAGUUAUACAUACAAAAUGAGUAUUUUUAAUUUUUUUUUUAUAUAAUUAUGUUGAUAUAUUGAUAUACUUAUUUAUGCAAAUAAAUAGACAAGACAAUUUUAA